GGGGCCGAAACCCCCCCCCCCCCCCACACACACAACAGAAGACCACCCUAUUCGAAGUGCAUUUUGACGAAAUUUUUUUGAAAAUUCCCCUAUAGAUAGAUAUAGGGCAUUUUCCGAUUUCUUUCGCGGACAGAAUAGAAGACCAUGAUCUUCUAUUUAGCUUUCAAGUUAUAUAACCGGUAGUGGUCGUCUAAUAGGGGAUGGCCUUCUAUUAUGGAGGGGGAGGUUUAGUAUAGUUCAACUGUGGCAAAUAAGUGAAGAUGAAAAAAGAGUUGAUGGAAGAAGAGAAAAUGCGGAAGCAGAACUGAAAAAAGAAAUUUGGACCAAAGUGAAAUUUCAGUAUGAACUAGUCCAAAGUAAAAUGUAA